GCCAAGGAGAGCUGCUCCCUCCAGAGUGCUUUGAAAGCAAGGGGCUUCGACGGGCCUCCCUCUGCUAAACCCGUCGCGUGGCCGGAGGCAAGCGGCGCUAGUGCCACGAGAAAGCUGGCGUGCGGCGAGACUGGGCGUUUGCUGCGGCCAACUUAGCCCGGCGCCCUCUCCGGAGUCUGGGGGUCCUGCUGGGACAGGCUGGCCCCUCCGCGCGCGCACCCCCCCCUCCGGAUUCGUGGCAGGUGGCGAGGGCGGCACGUGCCCAGCGCAGCAGAGGCGAGAGUGGCGAACGGGCUCGGCAGCCACAGGGUGUAGAAUGCUGGUUCCGGUGAGACUAGGCCUGCCUCCGUGACCUUUGCCACCAUCAUGCUGUGUCCCUGGAGGGGAAGGCUGAAGGUGUUGCUUGCCACACUGAUGCUGGUGUUACUCAUCUCGUGGCUCUAUUUCCUCUUGGGCAAUCUGGAAUAUGGGCCUUCCCUCCUGCCCUCCCCUUGCUUUGGGGAACAGCCAAAGUGGUACCUUGACCACAAGGCCUUGGCGUCCCAGGUGCAGAAGGUGGAAGAGGAAAACCAUCUCUUGCGGCUGCAACUCAUCCGGUCUCAGGCUCAAGAAGGGACUGAUGGCAAACAGCAGGGGUCGUCUUUUGUGGAAGACCAGGAUGUUCUUGGUGACAGAAGGAGCAACCGCACUGGCUGUCUUAAGCAGAGGAUGGUGCAAAAGUGCGAGCUGAUCCACGUUGCAAUUGUGUGUGCUGGGUACAACGCAAGCAGAGAUGUCGUCACCCUGGUAAAAUCCAUCCUCUUCCACAGGAAGAACCCUCUCCACUUCCAUCUCAUUACUGACCAUGUGGCGCAGAAGAUCCUUCAGACCCUGUUCCAGUCCUGGAUGGUCCCCUCUGUCAACGUUAGCUUCUACAAUGCUGAUGAUUUGAAGGCAGAGGUGUCCUGGAUCCCUAACAAGCACUACUCAGGAAUCUAUGGGCUGAUGAAGCUGACUCUCACCAAGGCACUACCCUCUGACCUCUCCAAGGUCAUUGUCUUGGAUACAGACAUCACCUUUGCCACUGACAUUGCUGAAUUGUGGGCUGUCUUGGGGAAAUUCUCAGACAAACAGGUGAUUGGGCUGGUGGAAAACCAAAGUGAUUGGUACCUUGGGAAUCUCUGGAAGAACCAUAAACCAUGGCCAGCAUUGGGACGUGGCUUUAACACAGGAGUGAUCCUCUUGCUGCUGGACCGCCUGCGUCGAAUUGGCUGGGAGCAGAUGUGGCGCCUGACAGCAGAACGGGAGCUCAUGAGCAUGCUGUCCACAUCUCUGGCAGAUCAGGACAUCUUUAAUGCAGUGAUUAAGCGGAGCCCGAUGCUUGUAUAUCGGCUCCCUUGCUUCUGGAAUGUGCAGCUCUCUGAUCAUACCCGUUCAGAACAGUGCUACACAGAAGUGUCUGAUCUCAAGGUGAUUCACUGGAACUCUCCUAAGAAGCUGAGAGUGAAGAAUAAGCAUGUGGAGUUCUUCCGGAACCUUUACCUGACCUUUUUGGAAUAUGAUGGCAACUUGCUGCGUAGGGAACUCUUUGGAUGUGCCAACUUGCCUAGUUUGUCCAGUGGCCAGUUCCAGCAGGCCCUGGAAGAACUGGAUGAAGAUGAUCCUUGCUAUGAUUUUCGGAGGCAGAGCCUUAUCCAGCACCGUGUGCACCUCUUCUUUCUGCAGUAUGAGUACCCAGCCUUGACUGAUGCAGCUGACGUAACCCUUGUAGCUCAGCUGUCUAUGGACAGGUUACAGAUGUUGGAGGCCAUUUGCAAACACUGGAUUGGCCCCAUCAGCCUGGCCUUGUACAUGUCUGAUGCAGAGGCCCAGCAGUUCCUGCGCUACGCCCAGGCCUCGGAGGUGCUGAGUAGCCGCAGGAAUGUCGCUUAUCACAUUGUGUACAAGGAGGGGCAGUUUUACCCAGUCAACUUUUUGCGCAAUGUAGCAGUGAAGAACGCACAGACGCCUUAUGUCUUCCUGACUGACAUUGACUUCCUACCUAUGUAUGGCCUCUAUGAUUACCUCAGGACCUCCAUCUUGCAACUGGAGCUGCCCCAGAAGAAGGCAGCUCUAAUUGUGCCUGCUUUUGAAACUCUACACUAUCGCCUCACCUUCCCCAAAUCCAAAGCAGAGCUGCUCUCCAUGCUGGACAUGGGCUCCCUCUAUACCUUCAGGUACCACGUGUGGCCACAGGGCCAUGCCCCAACAGACUAUGCCAAGUGGCGGACAGCCACAGUGCCAUAUCGUGUAGAGUGGCAGCCACACUUUGAGCCUUACGUUGUAGUAAGGCGUGACUGCCCCUUGUACGACCAGAGGUUCGUUGGCUUUGGCUGGAACAAAGUGUCCCACGUGAUGGAACUUGAUGCCCAGGAGUAUGAGUUUCUGGUGCUGCCUAACGCCUUCAUCAUCCACAUGCCUCAUGCCCCUAGUUUUGACAUCUCCAAGUUCCGCCUGAGCUCCAGUUACCGGGACUGUCUGGAAACCCUGAGGGAAGAGUUCCACCAGGACCUGUCACGCAAGUAUGGUGCUGCUGCACUCAAAUACCUCACUGCCGAGAGGAGCCUGUGAAUGAUGACCGGAACCCUCAACUUGUCUGCGGAAUCAGUGAUGAAGUAGCAUUUCACCACAACACCCAGCUCUAUAUUUCUUUGCCUAAGUCAUUAGGAGCCGCUGCGACCAUCCUGGGCCAGUGCUUGCCAGCUGUGGUCAAAUGGCUGAGGCUGCACAAGCUGAAGUGGAAUCCUGACAAAACGAAGGUGAUGCUGGUCAGUAAGACUGUACUGGAGCCUCUUGGAGGGUCCUGUGCUCCCUUGCUUUUGACAGGCUCCAGUUUCCUCUGUAUGAUUCACUGAGGAGUUGGAAGCUGGGCUAGAUCCAGCGCUGCUUUUAGAGAAACGGGUCAGCUUAGCUGCCAAGAAUGCUUUCUUUGAUCUCUGCUUGGCUUGGAAGCUGCCCACCCCCCACCCACCCCUGUCUCAACUGAUCUAUGCCACA